AACUUCCGGUGACAUUUCUCACGUGGAUCGUGGGUCCGUGUUUGCGGCGUGCAGCAGCUAUUUAAAGGGCUAAACUGCGCAGAAACUGCGAAAACUAGGAAUUAAAUAGAGCUGUGUCUGCUCUUCAAUGUUAUUAUGAGUUCGUCAAAGCGUAUGAAUAGUGACAAGCCGAAGAACCAGACUGCCACUGUCGAACCGAAACGCAAAAAGAACAGCGUCGUGUUGGAAGCGAACCGCAGCUUGUUCCUGGAACCGACGAAAAAUGACAUUCGAGAAGCGUUUCGUGAUCAAAAGCCGUGUGAAAUCGAAAAUGUUGCUGAACUCACUUCGAAGCCCUUUAACUUCUGUCUCCUGCAUCAUUUCUUGGUCGGAAAUGACAAUGUGGAAAGCCUGAAGAAUGAGCUCUUUGACAUCGACUUUCACCAGAAGAACAAUGAUUUGUAUAAGUUCCAGCAGUCUGAUGAUUUGCAACAGUUUGACACACCCUACAUAGAGGCAUUCAGAAACUGUCUGACUGAAAAGAUGGUCCCUUGGCUACAGGAUGUGACAGACAUCCCAUUAGAUGGGAAGAUCAGCUUGACCUGCUCAAAGUAUGCCCACACUGACGUCUUGCUGUGCCACGACGACGAGCUGGAAGGCCGUCGCAUUGCCUUCAUCCUCUACCUCACUUUCAACUGGAAGGAGAGCGACGGCGGAGCGCUCGACUUGUUCGACGUGGACACCCACAACUGUCCAAGGGACAUCGUCCGUUCGGUCGUACCCAGGUACAACAGUUUGGCAUUCUUCGAGGUGAGCCCGGUGUCGUUCCACCAAGUGGCCGAGGUGCUGAGCGAGGACAAGCUGAGACUCUCUAUCGGGGGUUGGUUUCACGGACCUCCGAUCCAGAGGCCUCCGCCCUACGUUGGACCCGUCGAGAACCGUCUCGGCUACUGCUCCGUGGAGUUAGACGUGUUCCGUUCGUGGAUCAACCCAAUUUACUUGGCAGACGAGAUCAUCCAGAAGAUCCGAAAGACCUUCAGAUCAAAUUCGGAGAUAUUCCUCGAAGACUUUCUGCAGGAAGAGAAGUUUAAAGCUUUGGAAGAGGCACUGCGGGAUCCUUCAAUCAUAUGGCACCGGAUGGGUCCCUGGAACCAUAGGAACACGCUGCAGGACCCGUUACCGCUGCCGCCCGUCGUGGAAGAGUGUCUGUCGGUGUUCCGCUCGGACGCCAUGUUCCUGAUCCUGUCGAACCUGACGGGGCUCCGGCUGCACCGACUGGCCCAGCGCAGCGACGACUCCUCCUCGGAGGAGGAGGAGGAGGAAGAAGAGGAGGGGGACGAGCCGAGGGCCAGAUGCACGCAGAAGGUCUACAAGUGGGGCCACGGCAACUACAUCCUGGCGCACGACGACGACCCGAGCUCGCAGGAGUGCUCCCUCGACCUCAAGCUCUACCUCAACGUGGGAGACUGGAAGAUGGAGUACGGGGGAUUCACAACCUACAUCGUGAAGGACGAAGACGAGGAGAUCCUGACGAUAGAGCCCAGCAGCAACUCCCUGGCACUGGUGUACCGAGACAACGGGCUGCUGAAGUUCGUCAAACACAUCAACCACCAGGCGGUGAAGAGACUACCGGCGGGCAACGCCUGUUUCUACGAAGUCUCCUUCGCGUACUACGAGUGACGGACGCGCCGCUUUGUUGGGACGCAUUUGUACAGGUGCCUUACCUAGGCUCGUCGUACCCCCCUGCCUGGCACUGGAGGCUGCAAAGGCCGGCUCGCGGAGCAUUCGAGACGUCGCAGUAAAGACUGGUUCCCACGCCCGCAGCUGCUUAGCUUCAAACCUCUUCAAAUUUCUUGCAACGAGAGUAGAAUAACUGUGUACGCUCCUCUCGCAGAGCGGAGUAUCGCGACGGUGCUCUCGGGUGGCCAUGUCGGAUCCAGGCUGCGCUACGGGAAGCGACCAUUGCUUCUGCGGGAGAUCCAGAGGCGCGGAUGACGUGGCCAUAGGGAGGCGUGCCGCGGCGUCCGAAGCAGACAAAAUAUAGUGCGGCCGCACGCCGCGUGUGCGCCGUCAUCCCGUCAUUUGUUUGCCGUUUCUCUCUAUGCCCUCGGUAAAACGUAGUGGCCGACGAAAACGUCAUCCCUUUGUGAGCCGUAGCUGCGCGUUUUUGUCCGGUCCGAGUCGCCCAGAUGUGCCGGUCGUGUAUCACUCCGCAAGCGCCGCAGACGCGAGCAACGCAAUUGUCCUCCUUGUCGUCUGCUUCUCGCAGACUUUGGAAACAUGUUUCAAAACGUUGCUUGCAUUAUCAAUUAAUGCAAUUAUACCGUACUCAGCGGCUACAGACAAUGUUCAACAGUCAAAAAACGUUCCAGUUCGUUCAAUUUUAGUGUAGGAUGUAUAUUUCGCAAACGUAAAGCGAGAAACGCGCUCCACUCAAAACUCGGCACCUGCAGGUUCGCUUUCCCGCGCAAAUAUUGGAUCCAGCUCGGCGCACGCGACCGCUCUCCACCAAUACGAAAUUGGCGGCGAAAGGAAAAUUAAUGCGAUACUCUGGCUCUGCCACAGAGCUUAUACAGUUACUCUAAGCAAAGAAAGCUUUCUUUUUUUUUCCACAUAAUUUUUAUUUUUUGGUUUCAAGUGUUGGAAACGACCAUUCCUCGUAGACAGUACAUACACUUGGUCUCACAAAUAUCAUUAAAUCUUUGCUCUGGUGAAAUGCAGUUCCUGGGUCACCUCGUAGAUGGCGCCAGUUUGUUCUGUCAUCGUAAAAAACAACAAGAACUCGGUCGCAAGCGGUUGCAAGUGUGCAAACGGGCCUCGAUUCUCGGCAAUGGAUUCGCUAGAUUAAGCGACGCCCGGUUCAGUAAGUUCACUUACCGACGGGACGAGAGCAUUGGGUGGGUCUUCCGGUUGUCCCGCCACCGGCGCAAGCUUCCUACCUUCGAUGACACUUCGGCAUCUCGCGAGUUUCGAGCGCCCACACGGGGGAAGGCAGAGGGCGCGUACUGGAGGCCUGGCAUUCGAAAGAGGCGUCCGGUGUCUCCUUGUCUGUGACUAUGAUUUACCAAAAGUUGGUGGCAAAGACAAUACUACUUUUUUUUUUUUUUUUUUUUUUUUUGUAAGUUAAAAUUUUUAUGUAGUUUUAGAGGGGGUUCAAAAUUCCGCAGGAAUGCCGUCGGAAUGUUUCUGUCUUGCGACUGGGAUGCUUUCUUCCCGAAUAAGUUAUUUUUGGCAUGCCAGAACCUCUUGAAGGGGAAAAGGGCAUUUUGUCUCGGUUUCGCUUUUUCACAUCUGAUUUCGGUUCGGGAAAGCGUUCGUUUUAUGACGAAACGAUGCACUAAGCCGCGUUUUGGAGUUUGCACACUUACGUGUUGUGAAGUUUAUGGCUGUCAACUUAUUUUCUGCGCUUUCAUCCUGUUUUGUGAUGAAAUCUGGCACUUCCUUCAACCUAAUGCUCUCAAAAAAAAAAAAACUAUCCUUUUUAUUUUUUUUAUAAAAAAAAAAAUUUAAUUUUUGUAAUUUCUACAGCCUUGUGAUACAGCUGUCCUACUGUAUGUUUCACACAAAGAAAACUCCAGUGUUAUUGUUGUUUUUUAAUGAUAGUUUUCCUCAGUAAGUGCACUUUUUAUUGGCAUGGCGUUCUUUGUGCCACUGCCACGAGUAUGCCCCAUAAAUUUCGUACAAAUGAAAGAGAGCUGUUAGGAAAUUUGCCUUUUGGAGUAUGCUACACACUCCUGAAAGUCAUUGAAGUGUUGUUUGAAAGUAAUUAAAUCGUUAUUUUGCCAAAUUCUAC